CGGGAUGCCGACACGUGAGCUAUUCCUCGCCGCCGCCCUCCUCUUCCUCGGCCGAGGAAGCAGCGGGGCGGACGGAGCUGCCGAAAGCCCGUCGGUGGGAGCGAUGGGAAGGAGGCCUCUGCAGCCCCCGGCCGCCAGCUGGAGCUUUCCCCGGAGGAAGCGAGACGAGGAGCCACCUUCAUACCUGAAGUGGGUGGCUUUUGAAGGCAAGCUGCCCGCCGAUGCCGUCUCCAACUGGAACGGCUAUGCCAAGAGGAUGGAGUAUGUCUGCUCAACGGAGGUGCGUGGCUGCAACACCGGCGCCUACACCCCCGAGCGAGGUCCCUUCUGCUUCUUCCCAUAUGGAGAAUGGGAGCGGAGCACCCGCGACUUCAAGGUGCUGGUCAACGUGGGAGGCUUUGAGGUGCUGGAUUGGGUGGAUGACUUCUUCGGCAGCGUGCCCAAAGACGCCGUGGAGGGCUGCCCGUCCGUUGAUGUCUUCGUUGGGAGGAACCACUACGGCUUGGGCAAGGUCUCCAAAGAGCAGAGGGCUGCCUUCAUGAUGGUGGAUGGUACGGAGGUUUGGUACAAGUGGUACCAAGUCUUGGUGGUCAAGAAGGGCCCGGCAGACGUCACCAUCUCUGAUGUCCGCUACAACAUGAGCGGGGCGGUGGAGCAUGGGGAGGACGUCACCCUGACGAAGACCACGGUGAGGAAUGAGGGCUGCCGAGGGGUGCGUAAAGCUGUCACUUUGGAGGAGGCCACCGAGAUGGAGCACGACUGGGAGAUGGACGAGAGGGUCUUCACCACCAUCCGUGGGGUGUUGCGAGCCGCCCUCUUGGCCUUCAAUGGGAUGGGCUGGGAGGUCACCAACGUCACCGACAUCCCCUGGGUGGGGGGAGCCAGCGCCAGCAAGUACGUUGUCCAUACCCACGUGGUGGAGGAGGAGGUGCAGCCCCGGACGGCGUGCACGGUGGCCCUGGAGGGACGCCGGUUGGACGUCCGUGUCCCCUUCACCGCGCAGCUGACCCGUGAUUUUGGCGAUGGUCAGCCGCACCGUGUGGCCGCGACGGGGUGGGCUCACAGCCGGGCGGUGGUGGGUGUUGGGGCCAGCGUCAAGCAGUGCUGGCCCAUCGCCGACGUCCCACCAUGCCGUGCGUAGGGGAUGGUGAGGCGUAUCGGUGUAUCUGC